AUGACCCCAAAAACACAGAAGGCUCUCUUUGUCGUAUCGGAAGGGGGCUCAUUCGCUGUCCAGACCACCACUGUACCCUCUCCCGGUCCUGGCGAAAUACUUGCUAAGGUGGAAGCAACGGGACUCAACCCAGUGGACUGGAAGAUCAAGUUCCUCUACCAUGAAUGGAUCAACUGGAUCCAAUAUCCCGCGAUACUGGGCAUUGACGGCGCGGGCGUCGUCGACGCGGUUGGAGAGGGUGUCUCGAAUCUCAAGAUAGGCGAUCCGAUCUUAUGGCAGGGAGUGCAUGGGAAUGAGCGUACGACGUUCCAGCAGUAUGCGCUCGUGACUGCCGAACUCGCCGCAAAAAUUCCUUCCAAUAUGAGCGUCGAUGAGGCGGCGUCCAUCCCAUUGACCCUCGGUACUGCCUUCCUCGGGAUGUACAACAAGAAGAAGGACGGUCCUGGAGGCGGAGCAGGAUUAACGCCCUUCUGGAAGUCAACCACCGCGUAUGCCGGUCAACCGUUCGUUGUGCUGGGCGGCGCUACUUCCACUGGCCAGUUCGCUAUCCAGCUUGCCAGACUGUCUGGUUUCUCACCGAUCAUCGUCACGGCGUCCGAAAAGCAUGUUGAACAUCUCAAGUCGCUUGGCGCCACGCACGUCCUCCCUCGCUCUCUAUCUGACGAUGGGCUCGCUGCCGAGAUUAGCAAGGUCACGCCACAACCGCUCAAACUUGUUUUUGAUACCGUUAGCAUCGCCGAGACGCAGAAGACCGGGUUGUCGCUCGUCGUCCCGGGCGGACAGUUGAUCCUCGUGCUGCCACCCAUAGAAGGCGUGGUACACGGCCGAGACGGCAAGGAGCUCGUGCGUACCACCGGGAAUGUGAACUUCACCGGCCAGGGAGAGGUCGGACGAGAGCUGUAUGCGCGUCUCACUCAACUCCUGCAGGACGGGUGGAUCAAGCCGCUUCGUAUUCAAGUGGUUCCCGGUGGACUAGCGGGUAUUCCGGAUGGACUGGAAUUACUUCGCCUGGAUAAAGUCGGCGGUAUCAGACUGAUCGCGCAUCCUCAGGAAACCGCUUAACUUAUGAUGUGCUGUAUAGCUGCAGCUCGUUUCACG